AAUUCCACCCACAUCAAGCCUCCGGGAAUCAACAAUGUCCUCCCUUCCUCUGGCGGCAGCAAUGAUGAUGAUUUCUCAUUCAUAUUUCUAACCAGGGAAACGCCUAUCUGUUGAUGGCAUCUUGGGUUUGUAACGCAGAUCCUAUUGCAGCUGAUUUAAGGCGACUGCGCAGAGCCGAAGAGCCGCAGCAGAGCAGAGGAGUGUUCACACAUAACCAGCCAGCCACCAUGCUCCAGUCCAGAUCACCUCAAGCCACGAUCUCCGCCGUCAAGACAGGAAUAUUGCCUUCAACGUGAGUCACUUCUGACAAAACGCAAACUGUAUGAUCAGCCUGGGAAAUCUGGGACGACUUUCAGCUCUUGGCCUGAAAGGCAGCUGCGUUGCGCGUCGGAUCCAAAAACUAGGCAACCGAGAACACUUGUAUUCUUGUUUUGUUCGGAGAAAAACCCACAUGAUGAAAUUCAAGCCCAAUCAGACAAGGACGUAUGACGGAGAGGGCUUCAAAAAACGAGCAGCCUGCCUGUGCUUCAAGAACGACCGAGAGGACGAGGUUUUGCUGGUUAGCAGCAGUCGACACCCAGAUCAGUGGAUCGUUCCUGGAGGAGGGAUGGAGCCGGAAGAGGAGCCUGGAGGAGCUGCGGUCCGAGAGGUUUAUGAAGAGGCUGGAGUGAGGGGCACCCUUGGCAGGCUACUGGGGGUGUUUGAGCAGAACCAGGACAGCAAGCAUCGAACCUAUGUGUAUGUGCUUACUGUUACAGAGACACUGGAAGACUGGGAGGACUCAGUCAAUAUUGGUCGCAAACGGAAAUGGUUCAAGAUUGACGAGGCCAUCCGGGUGCUACAGUGCCACAAACCAUUCCACGCAGAAUAUCUUCGCAAACUCACUCCUCGCUGCGGCCCCACAAACGGCAACACCCAGGAGCCGACGAUGAACACAGACGACAACGCCAGCCUCCGCCAGACGGCCUCACACGACUGCGGACUGACCCGCUUGCACAGAUAGAACUACCAGCAGAGCCAAACACGCAAGGGAAACCAUCCUCAGACUGGAAAGAGACACUUAUGCAUGUAUCAUUUCAAUGUUUACUAUUUGAAACUUUUUUUAAAGUGUAGAAACCAAAGGCUUGUUGUGAAACGCCUGCAAGUUUCUGGGUCAAUAAGAACCAGGAUGAUUAUUUUCAUAAUUUUUUUUUCUCUCUCUUUAUCUUCCUUUCAUUUCUAAAUGUGCAUUUCAAGCCAAACAAAGCAGAGUUAUUGGAAGGUAUAUGUGAAGUGAAGUGUUAAGUAUUAAUGGACACUUUGAAUAUAUUUUUUCAUAGAUGGAUUUAAGUGGAAGAAGAAGAAAAAGGAUGGUGGUGAUGUGCCAAGGGUUGAUUGAUUGCUGUUUAGAAAGGGUCUUUUGAAAUGCUGUCUAUUUAUAUCUAAUAGAUAACUAGGCAUUCUUGUUAGGGUGUUCAUAAAGAACAAAAUAGGAACGUAAAAUCAAGUCAAAACAUCAAAAUCAUGAAUUAUAUUAUAUGUAAAUAGUCUAAAAGAGGAUUUGGGCUGCUUUUGAGUAUAUUAGAUGCCUUCAUCACAGAAAUCUACCUGUAAUAUAGGUUUAACAUGCUGUGAAGUUGAAGGUCGUUUCACAGUUUGGUCUUAAAUGUGAAUUUGCAACAUUAAAAGGUGCAAUCUGA